AUGGCUGCAGUUAACUCCGGCGAAACUCAAUCAAAGCAGAGGAUUCCUCGAGACGCCGUACGGAAAGCGGUGAUCUCUCUGCUUAAAUGGAAAAAGAAGCAAAUGUCCGAUCAGAAAAAUCCGAUUUCCGGCGACGUCGAUGAUUUCAUCUACCUUCUCUUAACUCUCAAGAAAAUCCCCCAUAAAGACUUCACCACAAGCCCUAAAAAGAUACCCCUUCUCCAUUCUUUGCACACCUCGCCGGAAUCUUCCCCCAGUUGCCUCAUAAUCGACGACCGGCCAAAACCCAACUCCCAGAAACUAACCUUUGAGUACGCCGACAAAAAGAUCAAAUCUUUAGGCAUACCCAUCACGAGAAUCAUCAAACUUUCCAAGCUGAAAUCAGAUUACAGAUCUUUCGAGUCAAAAAUGGAACUUUUUAACUCAUUUGAUGUCUUCUUAGCUGAUCGGAGAAUAAAUGAGAUGCUGCCGAAGAUAUUGGGGAAGGUGUUCUACAACAAGAAGAAAAAGAUUCCGGUGCCGGUGGAAUUACGGCGAGAUGGGGAUUGGAAAGAGGAGAUUGAAAAGGGGUUUUGUAGUUCUUUAUUGUGGUUAAGUAAUGGGACUUGUAGUGUGGUGAAAGUUGGUAAAUUUGGGGCAAUGGAGGUGGAGGAGAUUGUUGAUAAUGUGGUGGCUGCCGCUGGUGGAGUGGUGGAGGUGGUGCCCAAGAAAUGGGUGGGGUUGAAGUCGUUUCAUUUGAAGUUUUUUGAUUCUUUAGCAUUGCCAAUUUACCAAAAGGGGGUGAAACAUGAAUCAAAGACUUGA